GUCAAGGGUUAGGUUUGUCAAUCUCGUUGAAUAUAUGUUUUGUAUUUGAUUCACUUUAUAACUUUAAUGUUCAUAACCUACUUGCACUUAGUUUAAGUGAUUUGAGUUCAUUUUAAUCGACUUUGAAUUCCAACUAAACCAUUCUGAACCAAGUCAGUUUUCAAGCCCAAACGCUUUCAUGCAACUAAGACAGCGCAGUUAAACGUGGAACACAUGCGGAAAGGGAACCGCUAAAAGCCGACUCAUCGUGACCAUCCAAUUCCUCACCAUGACAUCCAACGCUCCAGGAAUCACAAAUGUCAGCUUUGGAUCAGAAUUAGAUAUUGUUUACGCCUGUGAAUUGCGCCUUCUAACAGGAAGAAAAAUCCAAGGGUGUAGAUUUCACCAUCAGAACUCAGAGGUAAGAACAGACAAAUUCGUGCGUAUAUGAUAACGCAUCACCAAUAGGGACACGUGGCUGCCACUGGUAUGUCUGUAAUUGUGCUAUUGUGAAAAUUCAACUAAAAUAGGGGCUGCAGUGAAUUUAAGAAACUUACGUGGAUCCAUUCGGAGCUCAGCUGCGUACAAAUGGCAGAAGAGUAGUGACGUGUCGACUCGUCUUCAGCUGCAUUAAGGCUGUCUCGCACACAGCAACUUCACAAUUAUCACUUCACAAAAAAGCAGAGCCAGAGAUGGUGGUGUCUUGCGUUAGCGGUGGCGGCGGCGAUGAUGGUGGAGAGGCUUUGUCGUCAUUUUCUUCUACUAAACUGAUAGUUGAAUUCGAAAAUGUUACGGUAAAAGAAGAGCCAACGGUAGCGCCCAACCGUAAUAACACUUUCUCGUCUUCUAAAAUUCCGGAAGAUGAUGGAGAUGAAAAGACGGUGAAAGAAGAGGAGGAAGAUGAUGACUUGGCAGACGGCGUUUAUGAGGAUAUUAACGGCGGUGAUAUUGAUUCAAAUGGCUCUUCGUUUUCUUCGACUUCAUCGGAGAGUUUGCCAAAGCCAAUAGAAGGGCUGAAUGAGGUAGGCCCUCCGCCGUUUUUAAGGAAGAUAUAUGAUAUUGUCGAGGAUGAGGAGACCGACCCGGUUGUUUCCUGGGGGGCGAAUCGUUGUAGCUUUAUUGUCUGGGACUCGCAUGGCUUCUCUGAAAAUCUUCUUCCAAAGUAUUUCAAACACAAGAAUUUCUCGAGCUUCAUUCGCCAGUUAAACACUUAUGGGUUUAGGAAGAUUCAUUCACAUAGAUGGGAAUUCGCCAAUGAAAAGUUUCAGAGAGGGAAGAAGCAUUUACUUAAAAGCAUCAAAAGAAGAAGUAGAGCUUGUAUUGAUUUGACCAAAUCUGGGUUGGAAGCUGAGCUUGAGAGUUUGAGGGAUGAUCAGAGUACAAUGAGAUUGGAAAUUUUGAAGCUGAGGCAACAACAAGAGGAUUCACAGAAUCAAAUUACUGCUGUUGAAGAACGUAUUCGAUGUGCAGAGUGUAAGCAGCAACAGAUGUUGAGUUUCUUUGCAAAAGUAUCCAAAUACCCCAAAUUUGUUCGACAAUUAAUUCGGAAGAGAAAGCAGCAAAGAGAGUUUGAUGGAGGAGAAAUUAGUAAGAGAAGGAGAUUGCUUGCAGCCCAAGAGGCUGAAAACUUUCCUGAAAGUGUCAUUUGUAGAAAUCAAGCUCAGGAAAAAUUGGCUUCAAUGCAGUCUGAGCUCACUGAUAUGAAAAAUACUCCAUUCCCAGGUGCUAUGGAUGGUGAAAAUGAAUUGUGCAGUCAUAUGGAGGAUCUAAAGGGCAAUUUGAUGGGUGAAACAAGCGAUGAAGAUGCAUCAUUGGUAUACCGCUUGUUGGUAGGAGGCCUACUUGGGGACAAUUCAGUUCUUGAAAACAUGGCUGCUGAAGAACUGGCUGUUAAUGACACUCAAAUAUUUCAUGAGUUGGAAGAUUUGAUAGAGAAGCCAUGUGGGUGGCCUAGAUAUGUAACUGAGCUAGUGGAGCUGGAGAUGAAGUGCAUGCAUGGCUCUGCAUAGUCCAGUUGAAAAUUGCAGAAGAGUAGUAAGACCAUACAUAUUUUAGACUGUAUUUGAAGACAAGGGAUUGCGUGGUCUAUUUUCUUUCUCAAAAUGUUUAUAAAUCUCCCCCAUUUUCACCUCUUCUUUCACUGUACAGUCCUCUGUUGUCUUUUGCCUUAGGUUGUGAAAUUUCCUGUUGUUAUAGCAUCAUAUAUGACACUAGCUAGGCUUGGUCUACCUCCAUCAAAACUGAUAACCUGAGUGGUGUAUAAUACCUACUGUCUUCUGAUUUGGAUUCAA